GCAAAAAAAAAAAUACAUUUGCUCCUUAUCACUAGGAUAGUACUCAUAGUACCCAUAGCAAUAAUAUUCAAAACAAAGUAAAGGAAAGAAACAUGAAAAAACAGCUAUACGGAACUCCGCGGGAGCCAUCGCCAGGAUUCCGCCGGCUAUGUGCAGACAGCACGCAAAAGUCUUUUUUUGGCGGGAACUCGAACUGCUCUACACCUUCAGGGAGUUUGAAAAAAACUGCCCUGCACAAGAGCCGGCAUAGUUUGUCCGGGCGAUCUACCCAAUCGAUACCCGGCAUCCGGUCGGACUACAAUGUUGUGGAGAGCUUUGGUUUUCCCCUGCCCGUCGUAGUGAACGAGGCCUUGACCUUUGUGGGAUCUGCUGCAGGAGCCGUUUCUGCGAAGGUUGCCCAAAAUGGCUGGGCUUGGGUUGUGCACGGUCGCCGACUUUUAAUUUGGCAGUACAAAGAGACGUCCAAGGGUGCCAAGCAACCUAGACGGGGAGGUGGCUUGUCCCAAUGCCGCGAACUACAACUGCCCUACUCCGAUUUAGGGUACAACAGUGAGUUGAUUAGUUUAUUCCAGACAGACGGCCAGCAAAUGGCAUCCUGCAUAGCAGUUUCUGCAACGAGAGAUGUGCGCUAUUGGCCAUCUAUUGCCCACGACGGGAAUAACGUGAAUCUACCGAUCCUAACCGGUCAGGACUUCGUUCAGAUCAUAAAUCUACCAUUGCAACAGGGCUACCUUGCUGUGACCUCAAAUUGCAUGAAGGUCACUGUGCGAACUGUGCUGACGUGCAGGUGAAGGUGCAGUUGAGUUUGAGUUUGUCCGCAAGAAGCGCCCAAAAUGUUAUAACCGAGCGGAGCCGAGCGUAGCGGUCUAGGAUUGUCUCCAAUUUAAAAUUAAUCUCUAACUAUAUCUGCGAUAAAAUUAAACUCUUUAAGCAAUAACUUUACCACAAUAUGGCUCAACAAUUGGUUCCACCCUACCCUCGAGGGGCUGAGGGACGUUAUUGAGCCAUAAGUAGAUACGAUACUAUUUUUGCCACCAAAAGUAAAAAAUAAUACUACCCUUGCCUUGUCUUAAAGAGCGAAAAAUCAUUGAAAAACUGCAAAUAUUUGAGAUCAGAGCCUAAGAAACGAAUAGUUGAUUUAAAGAUUUAAAGAUUAAAGAUAUGUUGUACAAUAUAUGACAAAAAAGAGAAGAGAAGACAAAGGUAAGGUUUUUAAGAAAAACAUUGUCCGGCGGACCCGCACCCGAUGCUAUAACAACGUUUGGUAAGUGUUCUCCUAAAUUUGUAAACCAUUCAAAACAAAGAAUCAAAAACUUGCUCGAAAACGCAAAAUGCCAACGAAAUGUCAAGAAUCGUCGAAUCGAACCACACGUCAACACACGCCAGAGAAUGCAGUUUUUUGCAAACUUCAAAAAUGCUAAAGAAAAUUGCAUAGAAACCAAAAAUUAAAUAGUCCGCAAAUGCCAGCAACCGUAAAACCUAUGCAUGGAUAUAGUGAUAUUGCGUGUGCAGUGUACACCAAUACAAUACAAUAAUCUGGACCCUCAAGAGAAAGAGCAACCAAACUCUGAAAACGAAAAAAGCAUACGAUCACAUAUUUUU